GGUACCCUAUUGAGUUGUCCUUUACGUACAGUAGUUCUGUACACGGUGGUCCAGGACAUCACGUCAUCGGCUAGAAAGUUUUUGUAUAAAUAGCCGGAGAUGCGCUACAGUCGUUACACAGUGAAUCAAUCUGUACUUGGAUCAACAUGAAAUUUCUGAUCGUAUCGUUCGCCCUCGCGGCAAUCGCGUCUGCCCAGUACCAGCCUGGUUACACCGAACCCUUGCCAGGAAAGCCACAGAUUGCCAUCCUGCGUCAACUCAACGACCAGUCCGCCGAAGGGAAUUACCAAUGGCAUUUCGAAACUGAAAACGGUAUCAAGGCCGGUGAAACCGGAACCCGAAGCGCCGCCGUAGGUCCGGACGGUGAAGGUGGUUUGGACAUUCAGGGAGAAUAUUCCUACACCUCUCCCGAAGGAGUCGUUAUUCAUACGACCUACAGGUCCGGUCCAUUCGGAUACGUUGCCGAAGGAGAUCACAUCCCUAAAACCCCCGACUACAUCCUUCGAUCUCUCGAAUGGAACGCGGCUCACCCCGAAGAAUCCAAGGGCGAUUACAACCCCGAUUACAACAGGAAAACCAACCCGUACUACCCCGGACAGCCAGGAGUCCACCCUGUUCCCGUCUACAAGCCGGUACAACCCGUGAAACCGAUCGCCAAGGAUGCGGCAAAGGAAGAAAAGAAGGAAGAAGCUGGAACAUCCGGUGCCGUGCCAUCGAAGCCAUCGGUCCUCCCCGCGAAACCAUUCUACCCCGGCGGUUUCGUACCCGGAGUCAACCCAGGAUUCCCAGGCCCAGCGCCAGGAUACUACGGACCACAACCUGGAUUCCCAGGAGCACCUGGAUACCCCCAACCCGCCGGAUAUUACCCGGGACAACCCGGAUACCCGCAACCCUUGGCUUACCAACAACCUGGUUUCUAUCAACGUCGCCCAUAAGUGAUGUUAUCACGCGUGGGGAUUCGAUCAAAUCCAUAUAAGAUGAACAAUUAUUAUAUGUGUGUCCGUUUGCUCAAUUUCCAAAUUUUAACAAUCAAUAAAUAUAUAUAACCGUUCAAAGUUGA